UGGUCAUCUCCUGUAUUGUGUCCUCAGUCUCUGAUCAUCUCCUGUACUGUGUCCGCAGUCUCUGGUCAUCUCCCGUACUGUUUCCGCAGUCUUGGUCAUCUCCGUACUGUGUCCGCAGUCUCUGGUCAUCACCUGUACUGUGUCCGCAGUCUCUGGUCAUCCCUGUACUAUGUCCGUAGUCUCUGGUCAUCUCCUGUACUGUGUCCGCAGUCUCUGGUCAUCUCCUGUACUAUGUCCUCAGUCUCUGGUCAUCUCCCGUACUAUGUCCGCAGUCUCUGGUCAUCUCGCAUACUAUGUCCACAGUCUCUGGUCCUCUCCCGUACUAUGUCCACAGUCUCUGGUCAUCUCCCGUCCACUGUCCGCAGUCUCUGGUCAUCUCCUGUACUAUAUCCGCAGUCUCUGGUCAUCUCCUGUACUGUGUCCGCAGUCUCUGGUCAUCUCCUGUACUGUGUCCGCAGUCUCUGGUCAUCUCCUGUACUGUGUCCGCAGUCUCUGGUCAUCUCCUGU